AUGCGUAGAGGCAGGGCGGCGGCGGCGGCGCCAGUUCACGACGGCGAAGUCCGUGGAUCCAAGGAGAUCGGGUACCGUGGCGUUAGAAAGAGGCCGUGGGGGAGAUUCGCGGCGGAGAUCAGAGACCCCUUCAAGAAGACGCGAGUCUGGCUCGGCACCUUUGACUCGGCCGUGGACGCCGCCCUCGCCUACGACGCCGCGGCGCGCUCGUUCCGUGGUCCGAAGGCGAAGACCAACUUCCCAUGGCCCCUCGACGGCGCCGAUUUCAACCCUCAAAACCCUAAUCAGAUCCAAAUCCACGCUAAAGUUAACCAUCGGCUCGCGGAUCCGGGGAUUUACACCCAGGACCAGCCCAUAACGGCGCACCAAAGGCCUACCUCUAGCGGCAUGAGCAGCACCGUGGAGUCUUUUAGCGGGCCGCGUUCCCUGCCGGCGCCGCCACUUUUGCUGCGGCAGAGGAUGCAUCCGCGCUCGCCGCCGGUGGUUCCGGAUGAUUGCCACAGCGACUGUGAUUCCUCUUCAUCCGUGGUUGAUGAUACCGAGUGGGACAUCGCAUCUUCUUCUUGUAAAAAGCCUUUUCUUUUCGAUCUUAACAUGCCGCCAUCUCCUGAUCUGGAUGAGCUUGCCUGCAGAGCGCCGGGAAGGGUUGCAACGGCGGCGGUUCGCGCUGGAGAAGCCAACGGAUCUGGAGGAUCUAACGAGAUCAAAUUCAGAGGCGUCAGAAAGAGGCCCUGGGGCAGAUACGCCGCCGAGAUCAGAGACCCCUGGAAGAAGACACGUGUCUGGCUCGGCACCUUCGACUCGGCGGAGGCCGCGGCCAGGGCCUACGACGCCGCCGCCCGCUCUCUCCGCGGUGCCAAGGCGAAGACGAACUUCCCCCUGCCCCAAAAUGGCGGCGCCUUCCCAGAUUUCAACCCUCAAAACCCUAAUCAACCGCUUGCCCACAACAAUCCCGGCGAUCCAUUGGUGAAUUCGCGGAACUACGCCCUGGAUCGUCAGAUCAUCGCGCAGCAGAGGCCCGUUUCCAGUGGGAUGAGCAGCACCGUGGAGUCCUACAGCGGGCCGCGACAGCCGCGGCCGGUCACUCAGCCGGAGAGGCGCCAUCCACGGUCGCCGCCGGUGGAUCCGGAAGACUGUCACAGUGAUUGUGAUUCCUCCUCUUCCGUUGUCGAUGAUGCUGAUUUUGAUAUUGCCUCAUCCUCUUGUAAAAAGCCCCCACUUUUCGAUCUCAACAUGCCGCCGGACUCCGCCGCUGAGGUGGACGAGCUUGCUUGCACUGCCCUCCGACUCUGA